AUGUCUACUUUAACCAUCACCUACUUGAAUGACAUUGGUGUGGUGCCACGUGAUACCACUUUUAAAAGCACAAAGAUUCAAUGUCGUGUUUUCAACAGUCAAUUCCAUAGGUUCCAACAUCUUCUGAAUGCUGGAGACACUUUAAUGAUAAAGAAUCCAAACAUGGCUAUGAUGGGAUAUGGUUUUAAUAUUACUGAACAAGAGCAUCAUAUUGUUUUGCAAUGGGAUACCAUUGUUAGAGAUCAAAACUGUCCCAAAAAGUCAUGUUUUGAUGUAAUCGGACAUAUCGUUUCACGUCGCGAUCUUGAUGCAUCUAACUCAAAUCAAUCAAAGCACAACAUCAAGGGUACAGAGCUUAGAAUUACUUUGUAUGGAUUUCAAGCCCAUCAGCUAAGUGAUUUUUUGACAAAAAACACAGAUGUUUCAUGUGUUAUCAUAAUUGUCGAGUUUGUUGCCCUUAAUGGUUGGAAUGAUCGUGUUGGAGUUCAAUCUUAUUACGACUCUACUAAAUUGUUGGUUAAUGCUGAUAUUGAGGAGAUUAACGAGUACCGGAAAAAAAGAGGUGAUAGUUUGGCUAUGUGCCCACCUGAAUUAAACGUUUUGAAACAACGAAAAGCAGCUUUCUUAGUUGAAGUUACAACUUACAAUGUAACAAACCUGCCCAACUUAUAUUCUAUUAACAAAAUUGUUGAAGAUGCUGGAAUAAUUUCUGAAUUAGAGAGCAAAGUUGAAACUUUGUCUAUCUCCUUGGCGGCAUCGUCUGAAACUGAUGCUAAAAUCGGACCUUCCCCAACAGAAAUCGAUGCUGAUUUCACCACAGGUGUUGUUAUUGGUGCUAGUUAUGAGGCUACUCUAUUCCAAAUAUAUCUUAUCUUUUUGCAUCUUACAUCAUCGGAGUUGUUGGUCAGGUUCUUCAUGGUGCUGCUAAAAUUGUCUGGGUUUGGACUAAAAUGCCCCUAAAGUUGAUGUUACAUACUAAUAAUUAUUAAUUGUUGCUAAUCUAUUCGAGAUCAUCCAAGUGGUUAAAAAUCGUUUGCUGGAAUUUUGUUGCAUAGUACUUAUAUGUGUGGAAGAUAUAUGUGAUCUUUUGUUUGUUAUUUGGUUAUGUUUGUUAAUAACUCGAAUGUAUUGUUGUUCAUAAGCUUUGGUAAG